CCCUGAGGCCCCCGCGGGCUCCGCGCCGCCGCCCGGAGGCUCGCGCCCUCCCGUCGCUCCGGGACCCGCCCGCCGCGUCCCCUGGGCAACCGUCUCCAGGGAGACCGGGCCCCGCCCCCGGCACCGACACCCGGAAGACUGGUAUCCGAGAAGUAAAAGGGCAGGAUGCCCCCUGGGGUUGACUGCCCCAUGGAAUUCUGGACCAAGGAGGAGAAUCAGAACGUGGCUGUUGAUUUCUUGCUGCCCACGGGGGUCUAUCUGAACUUCCCUGUGUCCCGAAAUGCCAACCUCAGCAGCAUCAAGAAGGUGUUGUGGCACCGCGCCCAGUAUGAGCCACUCUUCCACAUGCUCAGUGACCCCGAGGCCUACGUGUUCACCUGCGUCAACCAGACCGCGGAGCAGCAGGAGCUGGAGGACGAGCAGCGGCGGCUGUGCGACAUCCAGCCCUUCCUGCCUGUGCUGCGCCUGGUGGCCCGCGAGGGGGACCGGGUGAAGAAGCUCAUCAACUCGCAGAUCAGCCUGCUCAUCGGCAAAGGCCUCCACGAGUUUGACUCCUUGCAAGACCCGGAGGUGAAUGACUUCCGAGCUAAGAUGCGCCAGUUCUGCGAGGAGGCGGCCGCGCGCAGGCAGCAGCUGGGCUGGGAGGCCUGGCUGCAGUACAGCUUCCCCCUGCAGCUGGAGCCCUCGGCGCGGAGCUGGGGGCCCGGCACCCUGCGCAUCCCCAACCGGGCCCUCCUGGUCAACGUCAAGUUCGAGGGCAGCGAGGAGAGCUUCACCUUCCAGGUGUCCACCAAGGAUGUGCCCCUGGCACUGAUGGCCUGCGCGCUCCGGAAGAAGGCCACGGUGUUCCGGCAGCCGCUGGUAGAGCAGCCCGAGGACUACACGCUGCAGGUGAACGGCAAGCACGAGUACCUGUACGGCAGCUACCCCCUCUGCCAGUUCCAGUACAUCUGCAGCUGCCUGCACAGCGGGCUGACCCCCCACCUGACCAUGGUGCACUCCUCCUCCAUCCUCGCCAUGCGGGACGAGCAGAGCAACCCUGCCCCCCAAGUCCAAAAGCCACGCACCAAACCGCCCCCCAUCCCCCUGAAGAAGCCCUCCUCUUUGUCCCUGUGGUCCCUGGAGCAGCCUUUCUUCAUCGAGCUGAUCCAGGGCAGCAAAGUGAAUGCUGACGAGCGGAUGAAGCUGGUGGUGCAGGCCGGGCUCUUCCAUGGCAACGAGACGCUGUGCAAGACGGUGUCCAGCUCGGAGGUGAGCGUGUGCUCGGAGCCCGUGUGGAAGCAGCGGCUGGAGUUCGACAUCCAUGUCUGCGACCUCCCGCGCAUGGCCCGCCUCUGCUUCGCGCUCUACGCUGUGAUCGAGAAGGCCAAGAAGGCUCGCUCCACCAAGAAGAAGUCCAAGAAGGCGGACUGCCCCAUCGCUUGGGCCAACCUCAUGCUAUUUGACUACAAGGACCAGCUCAAGACCGGCGAGCGCUGCCUCUACAUGUGGCCCUCCGUCCCAGAUGAGAAAGGGGAGCUACUGAACCCCUGUGGGACCGUGCGGAGUAACCCCAACACGGAGAGCGCAGCCGCCCUGGUCAUCUUCCUCCCUGAGGUGGCCCUCCACCCUGUAUACUACCCAUCCCUGGACAAGGCUGGUCCAGACUCCGGGGCGCCGCUGACAACAGGGUCGCUCUUGCAGAUCCUGGAGCUGGGGCGGCACGGGGAGCACGGGCGCUUCACAGAGGAAGAGCAGCUGCAGCUGCGGGAGAUCCUGGAGCGGCGGGGGUCCGGGGAGCUCUACGAGCAUGAGAAGGACCUGGUGUGGAAGAUGCGGCACGAGAUCCAGGAGCACUUCCCCGAGGCGCUGGCCCGGCUGCUGCUGGUCACCAAGUGGAACAAGCACGAGGACGUGGCCCAGGUGGGAGGUGGGGGCGGGGCCGGGGGAGGGGGUAGAGCCUGGAGCCAGACCGCAGCCUGCGCCCCCGCCCUGACCACCGGCACCCCCCAGAUGCUCUACCUGCUGUGCUCCUGGCCCGAGCUGCCUGUCCUAAGCGCCCUGGAGCUGCUGGACUACAGCUUCCCCGACCGCCACGUGGGCUCCUUCGCCAUCAAGUCCCUGCGGAAACUGACGGACGACGAGCUUUUCCAGUACCUGCUGCAGCUGGUGCAGGUGCUCAAGUACGAGUCCUACCUCGACUGCGAGCUGACCAAAUUCCUGCUGGACCGGGCCCUGGCCAAUCGCAAGAUCGGCCACUUCCUCUUCUGGCACCUCCGCUCCGAGAUGCACGUGCCGUCGGUGGCCCUGCGCUUCGGCCUCAUCAUGGAGGCCUACUGCCGGGGCAGCACCCACCACAUGAAGGUGCUGAUGAAGCAGGGGGAGGCGCUGAGCAAGCUGAAGGCCCUGAACGACGUGGUCAAAGUGAGCUCCCAGAAGACCACCAAGCCCCAGACCAAGGAGCUGAUGCACCUGUGCAUGCGCCAGGAGACCUACCUGGAGGCCCUCUCGCACCUGCAGUCCCCGCUCGACCCCAGCACCCUGCUGGCUGAAGUCUGCGUGGAGCAGUGCACCUUCAUGGACUCCAAGAUGAAGCCCCUGUGGGUCAUGUACAACAACGAGGAGGCAGGCAGCGACGGCACCGUGGGCAUCAUCUUUAAGAACGGGGACGACCUCCGCCAGGACAUGCUGACCCUACAGAUGCUCCAGCUCAUGGACGUGCUCUGGAAGCAGGAGGGCUUGGACCUGAGGAUGACCCCCUACGGCUGCCUCUCCACCGGGGACCGCACAGGCCUCAUCGAGGUGGUGCUUCACUCGGACACCAUCGCCAACAUCCAGCUGAACAAGAGCAACAUGGCGGCCACGGCUGCCUUCAACAAGGAUGCUCUGCUCAACUGGCUCAAGUCCAAGAACCCUGGGGAAGCCCUGGAUCGAGCCAUCGAGGAGUUCACGCUCUCCUGCGCUGGCUACUGUGUGGCCACGUAUGUGCUGGGCAUUGGCGAUCGGCACAGCGACAACAUCAUGAUUCGGGAGAACGGGCAGCUGUUCCACAUUGAUUUCGGCCACUUCCUGGGGAAUUUCAAGACCAAGUUUGGAAUCAACCGUGAGCGAGUCCCGUUCAUCCUCACCUAUGACUUUGUCCACGUGAUCCAGCAGGGGAAGACGAAUAACAGUGAGAAGUUUGAAAGGUUCCGGGGCUACUGUGAAAGGGCCUACACCAUCCUGCGGCGUCACGGGCUGCUCUUCCUCCACCUCUUUGCCCUGAUGCGGGCGGCAGGUCUGCCUGAGCUCAGCUGCUCCAAAGACAUCCAGUAUCUCAAGGAUUCUCUGGCGUUGGGGAAGACGGAGGAGGAGGCUCUAAAACACUUCCGGGUGAAGUUUAAUGAAGCCCUGCGGGAGAGCUGGAAAACCAAAGUGAACUGGCUGGCCCACAACGUGUCCAAAGAUAACAGGCAAUAGCAGCCCCUUGAAGCCCUGGGCCCAGAGACAAGUGAGCCGUCCGCCGUGGGAGCCGGGCACCCUCAGCCCACCCUCUGGGGCCUGAAAGGCUGGACGGCAUCCUUGGGAAAGAACCUACACAACUGCCUUUUGUUUACACUGGUUAUUUAUUUAUGACUUGAAAUGUUUCAGGAACUAAACAGCCAUACCUGGAAAUGCACCCUAGUGGGGGGGGGGGGG